GUUUAUGAUCUCAAUAGUUCUUUCCAAAAUGCAAAGAACGCAUGAAUAUAACACAGAGAAUUGGUGCAUUCUCUGCCUCGGGCAGUGAAAAUACUCUAUGGUUAAGUUUUUGAAGACAGAGAACAUUGGGCUGGAAGACGUGUUGGUAAAAAAUUAGUUGUAAAAUCAGCUCUUGAUGAAGAUUUGAGUGGGCUACUGGCACGAUGGGUCUCUAUGUUAAUCUCUGGCUGGUACUUGCACUAUCUGAUCUUAUUUUUGCAGGUAAAUGUUUUAACUAUUCAGUUGUCUAUCCUGCUGGUUGAAGUUAUGUACAUUACAAUAAAUAAGAUAGUUUUUUGAUUCAGUAUAGAAGGGCUAGAUUUGUAAAACUGGAGAGUUAAAUUUUUUUUUUUUUUAAAAAGAACUAUUUUGUGAUACCAUUAGCUUAUUCCAUGCUUAUAGACAUGAGCCAUCGAGUAAAAUUGUAAUUGUAGUAAACAGCAUAAUUACAAAAUCAGAUCCUGCAAAGUCAUAGAAAUCAAAUAAUAAAAUUAAAAGCAUUCCUGUUAUUAACAGUGAUACAAAUAAGUUAUGGUUAACAAUGUUAAUUAUAAAUAAAUAGCUAAUACUGAAGAUAGAAGUGCGCCAGAUGUAGGACAUGUUCAAAAUUCACUAACACAAAUCUGGUUUUAGUAGUGAUGGCUUCCAUUCUAUUCAAAUCUAUAAAAUGUCUUGUUUAGCAAUACUCAGGGAUAUAAGUGAAAUAUAGUAUAUAUACACACAUUUUGUUUAAUAGUCUACCUUGUAAAUUGUUUUGAUAUUUUUUUAUAUUCUCGCUUGUUGAAUAGAUGUCAGAAUGUCAUAGGAUUUACCUAGCUCCUUAUUCUAAAGAGACUAAAUGUUGAGAUACUGUAUGUGCCUGUUAGUGAUAGACUGCCACACUUAUUUGUUUAAAUUACAUUAUGCUUAGGUAGAUAAAACAUUUUUUUUUUAAAUUCUUUAUUUUGAUGUGCCAUGAGUGAAAAACAUGUUUAUCAUACACAUCAGUGUAAAUUACAGUGGUCAAUAAUCAUAUUGUGUUGCAAAACUUAGCACUUUUUAUAUUAAAAAUGUUAUAUGCGUGUGUCCCUAGACGGUUUCGAGAGGCAGUGGUGAGUUUAGGUGCCUAUGGUGGGGCAUGAAAUCCGUCACCUAGAGUGAGAAGGGGUAGUGGUGAUGUGAUCCAGAAUGGGUACUAUUGUUUUAUGUCGAUACAUAAGUGUAUACUGGCUGUCUUCUGGAGAGUAAAUUAGUGAGGUAACACUCCUGGAUCAGUAUGGUGUAAGUGUAGAAUCUGUUUUUUGCAGAAGAAGUGUAAGAGUAGGUUAUAUCGAGGCUUUUCCUUCAGGAGGAGGUGUGCUAUAUAGACUACGCUGGAAGGGUUGUAACUGCUAUUGCAGACUUCCUAGGAGACUGUCCCCAUCUCCAGGCCUUCCUUCGGAGUGAUGAUAACAAGUGUAUGCCAUUUGCCUGCAAUAGAGUUUCAGUAGUCGUUCCAAACUCUCUAAAGCCUCCUCACAUCCAAUGAAAGGCAACCACUUUAAAGAUGCAUAUUAGCUAAAAUCUAUAUUUCGCCUUGUAUUUGCAGGUGGCAUAAUCCAACUUGAGAUGGAUAGUUUAAAUAAGGUAUAGCAGUUUAAGAGAGUUAGGAAUAAUUUUUUUUUCAAAAAUUCUUUAUUUUUGUAGUGCAUAGAUACAUGACAAGGACAUUUGCAAAAUAUCAGAAAAAUAUAUAAAAAUAAUCAAGGUAAAGAGAUAUACCCCUCAAAGGUUAAUCACAGAAUAGACUGCAUAUUUUUUGAUGAAAAUGACUAAAACCCAGUGCUAGCAGAUUAAAAGCAGAAGGAGUGCACUGAUAUAAAACGAAGCCUAUGCAUUGAUUGCUAAGCUAACAGGAGUAAAAUAAAUACAGUAAAGCAGAUACACUGGUUUUGUACACUGGCACUAAAGCAUGUUGGUGAUAAGGAAAAAGAUAGAGGUAUGGCAUAUCACACACACGAGAAACCUUGGUUGAGGUGGAAAGGUCACAUACUAUUCCUCAAGUGGGGCUCUAAAUUCGGCUAGCCCCUUAGCCAAUGCCUCUCCUUAAGACCAGCAUUGUGAGUGUGGCAAGAGGUGCAAGGAAGAGCAGCAUCCAAACAGGACAGAAUAGGUGAGGUGUGCCCUAGUCAGAUAUUGCAGAAAGAUAGGUUUGCCCUGGAGCAGCCCCCUGUAAGGUAAGAGUAAGGUCGAAGACCGGUGAGGGGAAUGGUGUCACACAUAUUUGCAGCGGCAUUCGCACAUAACAACGCUACACACCACUCCUCCCAGCAUAGCCCUUUCUUCAUUACAUGUGGUAGACAUCUCCUUGUUAUUCCUUCUCAGUUUCAUGAGACAGGAUUACCCGCUCUUGACUGCCACCUUCAUGAUCUUCAGGAUCGGUGGAAGCUUGCGCAUGGUGCUUUGUCUUUGGCUUCCUCUCGUCAUAAGACCUAUGCUGACAAACGUCACUCUAUGGCACCUAAUUAUGUUGUUGUUGUUGACAGGGUCUGGCGGCAUUCCGAAAUGGUAAGGGGAAUGCCGCCGGUCUCAUAUCUUUCCGGCCACUGCCCGCCAGGUCCGCUCAUGCCCGGGAGCGGUCUUGAACGGUGGGCACGUCACGGUCUGGCAGCAUUCCCACGUGGUUAUGGAAAUGCCACCCAUCACUCACCCCUGGUGAUGGCUCCUCCUUCUCUCACAGCGGCCGGGUCUGUAAACAUUAGAGACGCCGGUCGCUGCAGCUUUGUUAGAUUUAAGGGUUUUUUAGUUAACCCUUAAAGUACCAUAUUAUGAUUGAUAUGUGGUUGUGCCACACACACAAGCCUACGAACACAUGAUUCCCAAUCAGGGAGUGCCUUAGACUACUUAAACCUGUUUUGUCCAUUUCUCUAUGCCCUAUCGUGAUUUCCAUUGUGGUUAUCCAAGAGCGCGUUCCUGGUAUUGAUUCUAGUGUUUUUUACCUUGGCUUCAGUUCUGACUAUCCGAUCUCUGUAUUCCUUGACCUUUGGCUUGGCUCCUGACUAUUCUGUAGUCUCCAUUCCUUGACUCGUGGCUUGUUCACUGUCUUCGUGAUUUCUGCGUAUUGUCUUUAUCCUGGUUUUUUCCUUUAUACGUUAAAUCCGGCCAUUCUAAGGCCCGGUAAUACAUAUUAGGAUUUUCCUUUAUAUCUACUUAAGUUCUGCGUGUUGGGCAUCAGCUAUUCCUGACAAACAGCACCACUGCACCAUGCUUGGCAGGUGCCUCUUCCGCCUCCUCUUUCGGGCAUAUAAGCAUCGGUUAUAGAGGAGCUCCGUCUCUCGGCAAUCUGCCUCCCUGGAAAACCAGAUGGAUGUUGCCGUCGACCAGGGUAUUCCUUCCAGUGCACAUCCGACAGCUCCAGCGAGAGAUAAUCAGGAAUGGUGUAGGCUGCCUUCAUGCUUUGCAUGUUCCACAAGACAGGGGGUGCUGUGACUUCUACACAGAGCUAUAACUGUUCCCAGAAGGCCUCACAUAUGCUGUUAAAUGCUGUCAAUAGAUCCAAUCGAGGCCCCACAGAGUCAUGCUCUGUCGCCAUUUUGGGUGCCAACAAUAAGCCCUGUCAAAUUUACUGUGUGCACAAGUCAGUCCUAAAGUUAAUUACGUAGCUUAGAGUGCCGGGAUAUCCCUCACCGGCAGAGAUGAUGACGACGAGGUUUCUCACCGAGAUGUUCUUUAGUAGAUUGUGGGUAGAGGGAAUGUCCGCCUCCCUCACUCCUGUGUUGCAAGGUAGACCGCAACUAGGCCGCAGGCUUGUCCCAGUAAGAUGCUGACUGGAUGAAAUUAUGCCAAACGCACAGAUUAGUCCCCCCGGGAUUGUAGUAAAUCAGUAGGGUCAUCAGGUGUCAUCUCCUUGGAGCAAAAAGUCAGCUUAAAGGGACACUAUAGUCACCUAAAUUACUUUAGCUUAAUAAAGCAGUUUUAGUGAAUAGAUCAUUCCCCUGCAAUGUCACUGCUCAAUUCACUGUCAUUUAGGAGUUAAAUCACUUUGUUUCUGUUUAUGCAGCCCUAGCCACACCUCCCCUGGCUAUGAUUGACAGAGCCUGCAUGAAAAAAAAAACUGGUUUCACUUUCAAACAGAUGUAAUUUACCUCAAAUAAUUGUAUCUCAAUCUCUAAAUUGAACUUUAAUCACAUACAGGAGGCUCUUGCAGGGUCUAGAAAGCUAUUAACAUAGCAGGGGAUAAGAAAAUCUUAAUUAAACAGAACUUGCAAUAAAGAAAGCCUAAAUAGGGCUCUAUUUACAGGAAGUGUUUAUGGAAGGCUGUGCAAGUCACAUGCAGGGAGGUGUGACUAGGGUUCAUAAACAAAGGGAUUUAGCUCCUAAAUGGCAGAGGAUUGAGCAGUGUGGCUGCAGGGGCAUGUUCUAUACACCAAAACUGCUUCAUUAAGCUAAAGUUGUACAGGUGACUAUAGUGUCCCUUUAAGAGACUAUAUUGUGAGAAAUCUCCAGGAGCUCAUGCAGUGUGCAACCACUCGCCAUGCCAGUCAAGCGCCGCCCCAAAGGGUGCAAUCAUUUUGAGGUACGAAGAGAGCACUGCUUUCUCUUUAGCAUUGAUUGAAGGUUUCGUUUUUUUUUAUCAUAUAACAGUGUUAAUUUGGGGGGCAAAUUUCAAUUUGUUUAAAUAUACUUAGGGAUUAAGGAGAGAGCGCAGGUAACUUUUUUAUUUGGUUUUUACUAUAUGUAUUAGCUGAUGUGUAUUGUGGUCAUUGCUGCCACCCAGGAGUGAUGGGAGUGAGUGCAGGAGUUUUCUUUCUGUAUUUGUAUUCACUUUUUGUAUCACACAGCUAGGUUACAAUGCUGCCGCCCAUCCCAUGUGUUCCCUAUUAAGGGUUAAUAAGUAUAUAGGGGUGUGGCGGAACCAACCUCGCUACUGGGCACUGGAGAAGCCUGGUUGCUUGCCUGCUCCCUCUGGACUAUGGCCCCAUGUUAAACGCUGUUCUUUUCCCCUUUAGAAAGGCUUGUUCCCCUUUAGAAAGGCUUGUUUGGUUACCGCAGCUUAAUUGGUGAAUGCUGGGAGGCCGCUUUUCGUAUAACCGAACACGUGGCAGCGGCCAUCUUAAACUCCCGAAUGGCCAGCGGUGUUCAGCUACAAAUCUAUGGAACUCAAAACAGACACUUAUUUGCAUGAACACCGCUGAGCCGCCGACCUCCCUUCUCCUACAAUUCAUACGAACGCCGCCCGUUCGGUACUUUCCCUAUGUAAGCAGUGUUACCACAGAUAGCUAUGCCAUGGAGCCCAUUCGUGUAACGAAAAACUAUGUGAAAGACUUUGGCUCCAUGGUGAUUUAACUGUAUGUAAGUGAUCUACCGCCAUUCGGUAAUAAUGUGCGCUCAGAUCUAAACUAUCUGGGGAUAUGUUGAAUGUAUAUGUUUUAUGUAGUAAUUGUAACACUGUGUAAUUUUGUCUUUUUACUAACAAGUGGCUAAUGGAAUUUUGCCUCUGUCCUUGAGAGUGACCUCGAAUGGAGUAUAACCCGAGGGUUAUGCUGGGAAGCUGAACUAGAAGAGAUCCAGUUUCAGUGAGGAGAGGGACUCCCCAGUGUAUACCAGCGUUUGUGGGACCAGGUAGCUCAAUGGAGGCCGCUUCUGGGGGAGCAACCCAAGGCAGAGUGGGUAGGCUGCAUGGAAUCCCUAGUAGAACAGGAACUGGUACUGGAUAAUGCCUACCGGGUGCUGUGGUGGCACGCAAUACAUCAGGAUGCCUGGCUGUCGGAGGGGGCUUCGCCGGAAGGGAAGGACUAUGGUGGCCCUAGUCUGAUAUGGAGGGCCCAGGUGGCAGGUGGAGAUGGGACCGAAGCCUCUCCACCGGCCCUACAGGGAUGCUGGGCAGUCGGCCCAGAUCUCCAGCAGCAGUGUGAGCCCCAGGGAGCUGAAGGUGCCGUCCUUCCUCCCCAGCGGCAGUGUGUAUCUUUGGGAGAGGAGACAAUUGGUCUCCCUCCCAAGCAGUCCAGUGAGUUACAGGGAGAGAAAGGUGCUGUCCUUCCUCCCCAGUGGCAGUGUGAGUUACAGGGAGCUGAAGGUGCCAUUCUUCCUCCCCAGCGGCAGUGUGUAUCCUUAGGAGAGGAGACAGUCGGUCCCUCUCCCCAGCAGCCAAGUGAGUUCCAGGGAGCCGAAGGUGCCGUCCUUCCUCCCCAGCGGCAGCUUAUUUCACAAAGGGGAGACCUUAUUCUCCCAGAUGGGGCAGAUGGGACCGCGGUCUCUGCACCCGGUCUAAUUGGGUCCGGGACAGCCUGUCCAGAUCCCCAGCAGCAGGACUGUUUAUCGAAAGGGGAGACAGUCGGUCUCCCCCUCCAGCAGCAGCACCGGCUCAGGGAGAGAAGCCUACUACCCCCUCCUACUGUCUCCGGCAGUCCCCCCCCAGCUGUGAUCAACAUGGAUCGCCGGUCCAGGUAAGUCCAGGGCUCCUAUUUGCAUUGAUGACAAUUUUUUGUCAGACGUACCUAGUACAUCAGCAGGUUUUAAGGGGAUAUGUAUUUAUAACGUCAUUCUAAAUUUAUUUUCAUUUAAAUACAUUUGUAUAUUAAUAUCAAAAUACAGUAAAAACUAAGUUAAACUGAUAUAUAAUUUAAAAAAAUAAUGUUUUCAUUAUUUUUAUUUUAUUGUUUAAAUGUAUUUAUAUAAUAAAUUUUAUUUUAUAUAAUUAUAUAUAUAUAUAUAUAUAUAUAUAUAAUUAAUGUUAUUCUACGUGUAUUUUAAUAUUAAUAUAUAUUUAUAUAUAAUUAUAUAGAUUAAUAUUAAAAUACACUUUUAUAAUGAUUUAUGUAUGUGCAUAUAAAAGUACUAUAUAUAUAUAUAAAUAUAUAUAUAUAUAUAUGAUCUAAGAACUUUUAUUUACUUUAUUAAACUUUAUAAUAACUUUUAUUUACUUCUUAAAUUUGUGCAGGCAUAAAGGGGACAGCCUGAUAGCUCAGGCACUGACCCUGCAGGUACUGCACAAGCUGGCUAUUCCGGCCAUGUGAUCGCAAGGACCCCGCGAUCACAUGGCACGGGAGGGCCAGAUUGGGCAGAGGGGGGCGCGAUCGGCAGCUGGGGAUUCACAGUGAUCAGGUAAGUGGGGAUUUACUAUUGGACGGACCAGGUACGUCUGCCGUCGUUAACAGACGUUUUUUUGUCGGACGUACCUGGUACGUCAGAGGUCAGGAAGGGGUUAAACAAAUACAAACAAACCAAAAUAAAGCAAGAAAAAGUUUGAAAAGUAUGUAAUAAAUAUAUAUAAACUUACAAUAAACCUGGCCAGAUUACAUUGUUGGGCACUCUUCUCAGCUAGGGAAGUUUUUUUUUUAUCCCCUCUCCCCACCCAUUUACCCACCCAUCUCCACUUAAGACUAGUCCACUAAUGACAGAAAUAGGGUAUCAUUGUGCUUUAGCAGAAGAGAGAAACACAGCACUGGCAUGUGCUCUGCAUGAAUUACACAGGUCAAUCUCGCUAUCUUCUCUCCCUGUCAGGAUGUUGCAAGGUGAAGAGAUCUCCCAACUACACAUAUGUAAAUAUGUCAAUCAUGCUCAAUGCACUUUUCCAGCAUUCCUAGGGAUAGGACACUGAUUGGUUAGAGCAAUGUCCCCCUGGAGAUUACUAUUUCUCAUAUUUACUUGAUUUUACCAGCCUGCAGACUGAGGCAACUGUUUCAUUCAAAGCUAAAGCUUUUGAAUGAGACAGCUGUCUUGCAGCAAUGCAUGUCCCUUUAAAUUGUAUUCUAAUUUCUUUCUUGUUUAUUUACACAACAAAUUCAUAAAAUAAAUAAAGAUUAGAUUUACUAAAACUUCAUUAUAGUUGGGACAUAUUUACCUGGAAAAGACCAAAAUGAAUUGCACAUACAUAGUUUUACCGUAUAACAUAUGAAAGUAUCCAAAACAAUAAUGAAACACAAAAAUAUAAAUAAACAUGCAUAUUUUACAGCGGAUGAAGUACAAAUAUUCAAUUUGUAAUAAAUAUUCAAUUACAUUAAGACAUAUACUUGUGCUCAAUAACUUUUACUAACUAACACUUUUUUUCCUCCCUUGUUUUUCAGAUGUACCUUAUUACGUUCCAAAGAUCACCACUAAGCCACUUUUGGGGAAAGUAACAUACUCGGGUUUUGUAAUAGAAAAACCACAAUGCAUCUUCAACCAGUAUCCUUCAAGUGAUGUCUGGGUGGUAAUUGCACAAAAUGCUAGUAUGUAUAUAUUUUAUUUGAUUUCUUAGGAAAAUACAUUCAGAAUUAAAAUUAAAAUCACUUGAUUUUGUUGCAAUUUAUUUUUUUCCCCACAUUCUUUAUUUUUGUUGUGCAUAGCAUGGCAAUUAAGAAGAGAAUAGUCACAAAUAUAAAUGUGAAAAAAUACCAUGAAAUGUCAAAUACUGCACUUUUUGAUAAAUAAAAUAAGAAACCGUGGAGAACAAAAAUGUCUAGGUAUGACUUCCCAUCAGUGGUAUCUGCUACACAAGCUGAACGAUAUGCUAUGAAAACACAAUCAAUACUAAGUUAUCAGUGAUGGUAGAUAGGGACUUUAUUUUAGGAGGUGGGAAUCCCUAGCCACAUCGGGGGUAGGGGCAUCUUAUUACUAUUUGGAGGGGGGGGGGUUGGACAAUGGUCCAACCCUCAUACUUUAUAUUUAAUUGGGGACCCCACCCACCAACAUGGAUGGGGGACAGGGGAAGGGAACACUGGAUUCCCCUGCCCUUUUUAUGAUUAUUAGGAUCCCAUGUUGCCGGUGCUCCCAUGGGUGGAGGGCUAUGUUUCCCCUUUUAUUUCACAGGCUCCAUCCCACUGGAUACGGGCCAUUACUAUUGUCUAGAUAGCAAUUCCUCCCUAGUCGCUAGUUUUAAAUGUUUAGCAGCAAGCAAUGCCAGCAGGCAAGUAGUUCUUCAAAUUAUUAAUUCACUUGCAAAAGGCAAGUGAAUGAUGAUUGCGGACGUGCAUCCUACUGUAUGCAUUCGGAUUAUCCGCCAUACUGUCAUUGAUAAAUUUCAGUACUGUAAAUUGGACAAUGGUAUGUCCACCCUCAUACUUUAUAUUUAAUUGGGGACCCCACCCACCAACAUGGAUGGGGGACAGGGGAAGGGAACACUGGAUUCCCCUGCCCUUUUUAUGAUUAUUAGGACCCCAUGUUGCCGGUGCUCCCAUGGGUGGGGGGCUAUGUUUCCCCUUUUAUUUCACAGGCUCCAUCCCACUGGAUACGGGCCAUUACUAUUGUCUAGAUAGCAAUUCCUCCCUAGUCACUAGUUUUAAAUGUUUAGCUGCAAGCAAUGCCAGCAGGCAAGUAGUUCUUCAAAUUAUUAAUUCACUUGCAAAAAGCAAGUGAAUGAUGGUUGCAGACGUGCUUCCUACUGUAUGCAUUCGGAUUAUCCGCCAUACUGUCAUUGCUAAAUUUCGGUACUGUAAAUUGGCAAUGGUAUGUCCACCCUCAUACUUUAUAUUUAAUUGGGGACCCCACCCACCAACAUGGAUGGGGGACAGGGGAAGGGAACACUGGAUUCCCCUGCCCUUUUUAUGAUUAUUAGGACCCCAUGUUGCCGGUGCUCCCAUGGGUGGGGGGCUAUGUUUCCCCUUUUAUUUCACAGGCUCCAUCCCACUGGAUACGGGCCAUUACUAUUGUCUAGAUAGCAAUUCCUCCCUAGUCGCUAGUUUUAAAUGUUUAGCUGCAAGCAAUGCCAGCAGGCAAGUAGUUCUUCAAAUUAUUAAUUCACUUGCAAAAAGCAAGUGAAUGAUGGUUGUGGACGUGCAUCCUACUGUAUGCAUUCGGAUUAUCCGCCAUACUGUCAUUGAUAAAUUUCGGUACUGUAAAUUGGACAAUGGUAUGUCCACCCUCAUAUUUUAUAUUUAUUUGGGGACCCCACCCACCAACAUGGAUGGGGGACAGGGGAAGGGAACACUGGAUUCCCCUGCCCAUUUUAUGAUUAUUAGGACCCCAUGUUGCCGGUGCUCCCAUGGGUGGGGGGCUAUGUUUCCCCUUUUAUUUCACAGGCUCCAUCCCACUGGAUACGGGCCAUUACUAUUGUCUAGAUAGCAAUUCCUCCCUAGUCACUAGUUUUAAAUGUUUAGCUGCAAGCAAUGCCAGCAGGCAAGUAGUUCUUCAAAUUAUUAAUUCACUUGCAAAAAGCAAGUGAAUGAUGAUUGCAGACGUGCAUCCUACUGUAUGCAUUCGGAUUAUCCGCCAUACUGUCAUUGAUAAAUUUCGGUACUGUAAACUGGUUUGGAUUGGAUGCGGAAACUCUGAUUUUCCAAACUCAUCCAAAUGAAUGUUACAGAAACAGUCAGAACAACAGAAUCAUGACCACAUUUGGUUUAGUAAAUAUGAGAAUUGUCAAUGCAGUCAGAAUUAGUUUUCACCAGGGUUUGUCCAGUCGUACAAAAUACAGUGUUUAGUAAAUAAUCCCAUACAAAAAAAAUUAUUUACCCUUUUACCAGGCCUUGGAAAAAAAGAACCUGGGGACAUGGUACAGGCUUGCUAUAUUUUGGAAAGGGUGGAUUCACUCUGAAAAUUCGACCCUACUUCACAAAGUCAUUUGUCAGUUUAUUACUACUUGCCGCCAGCAUUCAAAUAUUGUAGUUUGUUUUUAAAAAGAGCCUAUGGUGGUCAAUAUGAGCCCCACAUUACUACAAGGGCAGUGCUAAAAUAACACAUGUAGCCACACUCAAGGGGCAUUGAUAACAAUUUUGGUGGGUGGGGGGACAAUGGACAACCAGUGGCGGAACUACCACUGUCGCAGGGGUCGCAGCUGCGACUGGGACCGUCACUCCAGGGGGCCCGGCCGCCCUGUGGAGCUCUGCGACCAGCGUGCCCAGCUUGCCAUGUGUUGCGGCCCGGCAAGCACUGUAGAGCCAUCAGGCCCAUGUGUUCAGAGAGAGCACUUCCUUUCAGUCCAGCCGGGUACAGGAAGCUCCUGUACCGGGGCCAGUGCCACCUGGCCACAAUACACUGAAUAACAGGUAGGAGGGAGCACUGUCCACUUCCCUCCUACCGGGUCACUCAAAUCAUGCUGGUGGGCCCUAGGCAACUGCCUAAGUUGCCUAUAGGACGUGCCGGCCCUGCUCUCAGCUUAUACAGAGCCCGCGAGGGAGAAAGAGGACGAAAGGAGGGAGUCAGAGUGGGAACUCUGACUCCCAUCAGGAGGGUGACUAAACCAUUGUGCAUAUGUGAUUGUUUGUGUUUGUGUGUCUUAAUGUAUGUGUGUGUCUCUGUAUGUGGGUGUGUGACUCUGUAUGUGUUUGUGUGUCAUGAUGUCGAUCCGGGGAGAGAGCCUGCGCAUGGUCGGCAUUACAGCAUGUCCGUGCUCGUUCAGCACGUAAACAAUAAUACCACAAAUAGACUUACCUCCUGCUGGGUCUCCCUCCACUCUCCAUGCUACACGGCUGGGAAUCGCGCUGGCGUUUUCAUGAACGCUGGACGCUUCCAAGGGCCGCAAUUUAAAGACACAGCCUCUGUUUUUAUCGCUGGUGACGCGGACGUGUGUGCGUCAACACGCCAACAGCGUGCACGCAAGUUUUGGCAUCACCAGGUCACAGUAACCAAUUAGAUCCCUAUCUGGGCUAUUUAAGAUUCCUGGUCCAUUUGUUUGAUGCCCCGUCGUGGUUUACAUUAGUUUGGUUUAUUCGAGAGUGCUUUAUAUAUUUCUUGUAUUUCUGGCAUUUUGACCUUGACUUGUUGUUCACUAUUCUCAUUUCUAUUGUCCUUGAUCUUUGGCUAUUCUUAUCUUUUAUUCUGACUUUUGUAUCCCAGACCUCGGCUUGUCUUGUAUUACUCUUGUUGCAUAUAAUCCGGCCAUAUCAAGGUCCAGUAAUAGGGUUACUGUCUUUUCGUAUUUGCUGUCCUUGUCUUUGCUUGUUUGAUCUUAUCUCUCUGUGACAGUGUGUCUCUGUAUGUGUGUGUGUCUGUUUGUGUGUCUGUGUGUGUGUGUCUCUGUGUGUGUCUCUGCAUGUGUUUCUGUGUGUAUCCGCAUGUGUCUCUGUGUGUCCGCAUGUGUCUCUGUGUGUCUGUGUGUCUAUGUGUCUGCAUGUGUCAGUGUUUGUAUCUAUAAGAGAGUUAUUAUGUGUGUCUAGAAAACAAAAUAAAGUCAAGCCAAAUGAUCAAAUUGGUCCACCAAUAACGGGGGAUAACCCCAAAAGGAAACUAUGUAAGUGAAAAAAGAGAAUGGUGUACCAGGGGGGACACAGGCUAGAGUUCACUCUCCACUGGUCCACCAGGGAUGGAAGCAGCAGAAAGGAUCCCCCCUCCCAGGCAUGAGGUAGGAAGGGGGGGGGAUAUUUACUAAAUGCCCCCACACAAUACACACAAUCACCCAAACAUACAGCACCCACAUACAGCACCCCCCACACACAGCAUCUACACACAUACAGCACACACACCCUUACACACACACUAACAGCACCCUCACACACACAGCACCCUUACAUACACAGCACCCUCACACACACAGCAUCUACACACAUACAGCACACACACCCUUACACACACACUAACAGCACCCUCACACACACAGCACCCUUACACACACACAGCACCCUCACACAUACACACACACACAGCACCCUCACACACACAGCACUCUUACACACACAGCACCCUCACACAUACACACACACAGCACCUUCACACACACAGCACCCUUACACACACACACUAACAGCACCUUCACACACAUAGCACCCUUACACACACAGCACCAUUACACAUACACACUAACAGCACCCUCACACACAGCACCCUCACACACACAGCACCCUCACACACACACUAACAGCACCCUCACACACACAGCACCCUCACACACACACUAACAGCACCCUCACACACACAGCACCCUCACACACACACUAACAGAACCCUCACACACACACUAACAGCAUCCUCACACACACAGCACCUUCACACACAUACUAACAGCACCCUCACACACACACACUAACAGCACCCUCACACACACAGCGCCUACUCACACACACACAGCGCCUUCAGACACACACACAGUGCCCUUACACACAGCGCCCUUACAUCCACAGCGCCCUUACACACACAGCGCCUUCACACACACACACACACACACACAGUGCCCCCCCCACACACACAGCAGUAUAUGUGUGUGUGUAUAUAUAUAUAUAUAUAUAUAUAUAUAUAUACACACGCAGAGUGUGUGUUUGUGCUUUAGGGUGCACACCCUUAUACAAUAGGCUGCGCACGCCUAUGAUGGUGUGUCUCUUUUUAUGUAUGUCAGUGUGUGUUUGUAUGAAUGAGACACAUUGAGGGGGUUAGUGUGACACAUGGAGGGGACGGUGGAGGGAGUAAGACGUAUGGGGGGGGCAUGGCAAUUUUCGCACCGGGGCCCCGUGGUUUCUAGUUACGCCUCUGUGGACAACCCACUUUUAUAUUUAAUUUUAGCCUGAACUAGGCUGGGAGGCACUAUAGGUCCCCCAUCUAUUAUUAUUUUUUAAUAUCCCUCACCCACUCCCUAUAAUAGGUAAUCCCCCUGAGUUCUUAAUAUUAUAGCUCUCACCUGCUGCCAAUGGGUAAGGACUGGGGGGAAACUAGACCCACCUCUGAAUUAUUAAAAUUGUAGUCCACACCCACCGGUCAUGGGUGGGGACUGUGGGGACGUAGGUCCCCCUAUUUCUUUUUUAAUUAGUGUCCCUACCCUCUGGUCACAGCAUUAUCUAAGUAUAGCCCCUACUUGGCUGUCCCCCACUGCUUAAUGUUUUUAGUAAUAUCCUCACCACGGGGGUUGGUCAGUGAUCUGUCCAACCCAUUCUUUAUUUUACAGCCCACACCCAAUGUCCAUAGGUGGGGGCAAUGGGGUGAACUGUGUAGAGUCCCCCCUGUAUGUUAAUAGCAUCUGAUCACCAAUAUAUGCCCAGGCACCAGCUACUCACUGUUUAACGUACAUGUUCCCACUCGUGGCAUGGGGGAGGUUUAACAACUGCCCUGUAGGCCUGUACUAAUAUGUUAUUUAUAUUGACACACGCAGGCUUUUAUUUAAUUUUUUUUUAAUAACUGUUCGGGUUAGUCAUUAAAAAAAGACCAGUAAUUGUGCCACCAAAGCUCAUUUAUCGGACAAUGAUUCUCGGGCAUAAAAAUAAUUACCAUGAAAUACCAUGUUAUUUAGUUUUUCACAGAUUUUAACCAAACCUGGAUAUAUAAGUAUUGAAACUUGCACUUGUAUGUUUAUGAGUUUUUUUGGUUUUUUUUUAAAUGCAGUGUUGUAUAGUGAUUAUUUUAUGCACUAUAUUUGAGAAUUGCAAGCGGUUGCAACUGCACAAAACAUUAUAUGCACUUUCAUUUAUAACACUUUCAGCUGAAAAAAGUGCCGUAGCACUUUUCUGGAUUUUAUCUGUUUUUUUCUGAAGUAGCCAAAACAUAUAUAUCGGGCUCAGCUGCUAGAAUUUUGUCUGGCUUUAAAUCCAUUCAAAAUUAGUUUAAAAACAUUGGGCAAAACCAAUCGACAAUAAUGAUUUAUUAGAUGAGGUAGAUUUUGUUGUGCUUGUUUAAGCACCAUAAUAGAUGUGUGUAGACAUUCAUGCUUGAAAUAAUAAUUAUUAUUUUUUAUUGUUACAGUUGUCCCAAAAUUAAAUAGAACAAGUCUCAGUACACCAGUCAAUUCUUCAUUUCUUGACAGCCAAAACUACUAUCACAUUUUUAAAACACUCGGGUCUGAUUAUCCAUGUACAGACACAUAUGGAAAUGCAGUUGAUUUGUUUAUGGUUGGUUCUGAAACAAACUGCACUGGUAUUUCCUUUUGCAAUCCACCAUUACCACUGCUUGGAUCCUACAGGUAAGUGUAAAUGCAUUUUUUAUUAAAAAAUAUACCUAACAAAACAUUUAACUUUACUCAGGAAUGAAUUUUGAAAUUGUGGUCAUUUCCAAUUUCAAGAAGUACUUGAAAUACUAAAAUGUAUAUUAUACGAAAAAAUAUGCAAAUAGCAGGAGCAAUCUAUUUGUUUAAAUAGUGGUUGUCCAAAAUGUAUCCCGUAAAUAAAAUGCUAGCUGCAGUCUAUGAGGCUAUAACAUUUUCGGGGAAAGACCAUGUUAGAUCAGGUUAGAUCAAAUUUUUUUCCGUUAGAUCUACUCUAAAAUAUGCAAUAUUAACAAUCAUUUUUAGAGGGGGCUAACCCGUAGCCAGCCCCCUCCUCAAAUGAAAUUUGGACAAAAUGUUACUGAUUUUGGUAGAUAUUUGUUAGAUCAGGUUUGGUCAACAGUUUUUUUUAUUAGAUCUAUCAUGCAAGAGGCGGUAUUCAUUGCCAGAUUUGGGGGUGUGACUACGGGUUAGCUUAAUUAAAAUCUAAACAUUUUUUUUAUUGAUUUUGGUAGAUAUCCAUUAGAUUAGUUAAUCUCAACAGUUUUUUUCGUUAGAACUAUCACACAAGAGACUGCCUGCCUGUAACUGUAGUGCAUGUGACUGUGUGUGAAUGUCUGUAACUGUGUGUGUGUGACUACCUGUAACUGUGUAAGGCUGCCUGUAACUGUGUGUGUGUGUGUUUGACUGUUUGUCUGUGACUGUGUGUGAGUGAAAAUCAAUAAUAAAAAAAAUUCAAUUUAGCUUGAGGGAGUCUAAACCAUAGUCACGCCCACAAAGCUAAGUAGUGAAUACCGCCUCUUGUGUGAUCUAACGAAAAAAACAGUUGAUCAAACCUGAUCUAAUGAAUAUCUACCAAAAUCAAUAAAAAAAUGUUUUUUACAUUUCGGUUGAAGGGGAGGGCUACCCCUUGUCACGCCCACUUGUCACGCCCACAAAGUCGGGCAGUUAAUAUCGCCUCUUGCGUGAUAGAUCUAACGAAAAAAACUGUUGAUCAAACCCGAUCUAACGAAUAUCUACCAAAAUCAGUAACAUUUUGUCCAAAUUUCAGUUGAGGGGGUCCAGCCCCCCCUAAUUAUAUAUGCGAUAUCUCAGUAAUUGGACUAGAUAUAACAAAAAUGUUGCCUGAUCAAACCUGAUCUAACGCAGAGCUAUCAUAAUCAACAACAUUUUGUACAAAUUUUUGUUGAGGGGGGGCUGACUACAGGUUAGCUCCCCCUGAAAAUGAUAUUGCAUAUUUUAGAGUAGAUAUAAUGAAAAAAAAUUGUUGAUCUAACCUGAUCUAACAAAUGGAAUAAUCUUUAGUUAAAAUUCUCAAUAUGGGGGGGCUAACCCAGGGGUGGUGAGUGCAUGUUUAAUUUUCGCACCAUUUAAUUGUUAUUCCCCUGUAAUACUAAAAGAUAAAUAAUACCCACAGGAACAAAAUGCCACGUUUUUAGUUUAAUAUGCAAUGUAGAAUAGGGAUAUUGCUGUGGAUGCAGAGUUUUAAUGCAGUGGGGUGAACAAUUAAUACAGCAGAUGGGAAGUUUAUAAAUAUAGCUUCAUACAAUACUCGAAAUUGAAAGAAUUGGUGUUUUAAUGUGAUUUAUAGAAAGCAUUUAGGGUUUGAAGGAACACUAUAAGGUCAGGAAUACAAAUAUAGCAUUAAAAACACUAUUUAGGUGACCAACUUCCCUUGUCCUCCUUAAGUAGGGUAAAAACUGAACUUUAUUCCAGUGUCGCGCUGGAAUAAAGUUUUAAGUAAAUAUAUGUGGGAGGAGCCAUAAAAUGUACUUUUGGGCUGAAGGUCCUAGCUUUUUUGCUAAAUAUGUUGGCAUGCUACAAAAAUAAUAAUUAUUAUUAUGACUUGGGAAACAUAUCAGUAGACACCAUCAUUCUCACAGUUCUUUGUGCAUGGAUUUUAAAUCAAUAGCAGUCCUCGAACAUGGCCCUCUGAUGCUAUAUUAGCCAAAAUUAGCCUAUAAGACCCCUAGAAAAGAUGAUGAUUGCACAUGCCUCUCUUCUACAGUUCCAGAUUUAGACAUCUCGAUGAAAAUUUAUUUUCCAUUACCAUCCCAAGGUCUUGGCAUGCCCAGUUAAUCUCAAAAGUUUUUCUAAACAGCUGGAACUGUAACCAUUAAAGAGAUAAACAAUUAUCUAGUAAAAUACUGAUCAAAGUGCAACUAAUGAUUUAUCUCAUUAUUCUAAUGUUUUGCCAAAUCAGCACAAAUGUUCACUGCUGAGAUUUCCUACCUCUCCAGACUCUCACUGCCUUCCUCCAAGAAUUUCAGUAUCCUUACUGACACCCGCUCAGCCAUGUCAACCAAGCUUCCAAGCCAUUCUCAACUGUCUCAAAGACAUCACCAGUGUCUCAAAAUGUUAAUUGUGUCUCAACGUCAUGGACUUGUGUUUAAAAAACUUUCUGCAUCUUCUCUUUUGCUUAGGUAUAGCCAUCCCCUCUAGUGUUUCAAUCUCCCUGUACCACCUCUCCUCUCUCUCUAGACCUCAUCACCAUUAUCUUAACUCAUCCUCUCCAGUAUGUCGGUGAGUUUAAAAAUUAUUACACAUGUGAAGAAAAUAGACUUUUAAUUCAAGAUUUUGUAAGGCCAUCAUUAUGUUGAUGUUUUAUUUCUUCGGUAGAUUGAAACUACCGAACACCGACCACCUUCCUGGCUCAUUAUCUACAAAGGGAACCGUCAAUUGAGUGCUGUCUCUCUGGGUGGCCAUUCGUAUAGUUGAACGCCACGUGGAAAAGAAAAUGGCGGCCAUCUUGUUUUCACGAAAGGAGGCAGCGGCACUUGGUCUGGAACUAAAAUCGGACACUCGACUUCCUGAACACCCCUAAAACCAUACGAAUGCCUGCUUCCUUUUGUCGAGGAGAGCUAGGAGAGCGCCGUUCGGAAGUUUGGUUCCCACAAACAAGGAGAACAAUCGCUCCCAUGAGCCAGGAGGCUCCAUUCGUGCUUUUAUUCGUUUUUGUGACUUUAUCGAAAUUGACCGACCGCACAUACUGAAUUCAUGGAACUGUUUUGGGCAGUAGCCUUGUGUGCGGUCGGUGAACUUUGACUUCCAUACAUUGCGAAAACCUGAACCGAUAUGGGUGAAAUCUGAAUAUGCUGGUGACCCAGAUCGGGGCUAUCAGGGGAUGUGUCAUUUGUGGGGAUAUCAUGUAUUUUAAGGGGAGUUUCAAGUUUGGGGGGAAAUGUGUUCCCUCUGGCUGGAGAUAAUUGGGUGGCAGAACUAAUGUAGAUAGGGCCCUGGUGCAAGAAUUAAUUUUUGGACCCCCUCUAGCACAAGGAUGGCCAUCUGCCAUACAAUUCCAAUUAAGCUAUGCCAGCUAGGGAUCUAUCAUUUGCCCGUCCUUGUAGGGUUGUAUUUGUGAGACGUGUUUGUGUAUUUCAAUGUAAGCAUGUAUGGAGUAUGUAGCGGAGCUGCAAUCCUAAGAUACAAUAUCUCCGCUGGAUUCCUCUGAAUCUGGAAGAAAGUGUUGGUCAGUGAUUAUAGCCCAUUCCCCCAGUAAUUGGACGACACACAGUUCUGGGAGUCAACUGAACUCACGGCUUUUUUUGCAUGGCCCCUAGCAUGGGGUCUCCAAAAACAACAUUACAGGUUGUUUUUUUUCCCCAAGAGUCUCUGGGACUGAGAGAUAAUUGAGCUCUAAUCUAGAUAACUCAAUUAUCUCUCAGUUACAGGAAAUACAUACAAUAUUUAAAAUCAGCCCAAAAAUAUAAGGAAAUAUUACAAGAACCCCACAAGGCUGAUAUCUCUGAAUAGCCCAACAUAUAUUCAAAAAGCUCUCAGAUUGGUUUGGUGAAACAAAAUUGCCAUUCGGGAGAAGUUUUGACCAGCCGGCCAUGAGGUGAUGCCCAAAAGAGUUCCAGAGAAAUCAGGGCAGCGGCCGGUUGUUCCUGCACAAACACUGACAAACGCUUCCCCUGGCUCCUAAGUAGCGAAUGCUCCCCACAGUCGGUAGUUCCUACCUCCCGAACUUGGUUCGUGUAGAUGGUCCGGAAAGUGUACGGGCAGCAGUAUCAUCCUUGCCGGGGUUCACGAGCAUGUAUUGCCCAAAAGAGUUCCAAGCGCUCGAUGACUAAGUACCGCUGCCUGUGUUUGGGAGACAAAAUGGCCAUGCACUGGACCAUGUGUGUUCAGUUAUACAAACAGCAGCCACCCAGGGAAAGCAUCGAGUUAAUCCAUUAAUUGCGGUUAACAGCCAAGGGUGGUCGGUGUUCUGAGUCAAUAAAAAGGAGGACCACGAGGGGGUGGAGCGCUGACGUGACAACGCACGCUGGUAACAUUUCGCGGGCUAUGCAAGGCGGGAGCGGUUCGAGGAACGGUAGUGGUGGCGUUUAAGGGAGGAGACAGACUUAUGUUGUAACAGUCUGAAAAGGCUUGCCCAGCGCAGUACAGAGCCCUACAGCGAAAGACAGCGAAGUCAAGUUGGCAGAAAAAGGAGAGCGGACCCAGUAACUGGUGGAGGAGUCUGAAUCACGAACAAGGAGGGAAGAAAAGACAGAAAAAGGGGUGAGAGGGAGAGAGGGAGGAAGAAAAGAAAAAGAAACAGCAAGUAUACUCUGCUUAUAUAAAUAUAUGAAAUGGACAGCAAGUACAUCGUGUUUAUUAGGGAUGUGCAUGGGCAAAAAAUUUGUUUCAGUUUGGCACUUCCGAAAUUCGGGAAUUUGGCAAUUUGGGACUCCGGCAAUUCGACACUUCGGCACUUCGGUUUGGUUCGGCACUUCCAAAAUUCAGGACUACAGCAAUUCCCUAACCCCUAACCCUACCCAUAACCCUACCUCUACCCCUGCCCCUACCCCUAACCCUACCUCACCCCUAGCCAUACCCCUAACCCUAACCAGGUAGGGUUAGGGUUAGAUUCCUGUCAUCAUUCACGUAAUUUCCCCUCCCUCUCUUGUUUUGCCACUUUUUAGAAAUCUUAAGCACUUCAGCACUUCUGAAAUUUGGCACUUUGGCAAUUUGGUUUGGUUUGGCACUUUCGAAAAUCAGCACUUCGGUAAUUCGGCACUGCGGCAAUUAAAUUUGGUUCGGCACUUCGGAAAUUCGUCAAUUUGGAAGCAUCAAAAUUCGGAAAUUCAGCACUGCAGCAAUUCAGUUCGGUUCGGCACUUCGGAAGCAUCCAAAUGUCCGAAUUGCCGAAAUUCAUCCGUAUUUACAUUCGGAAGGAAAUUAAUUGCACAUAUCUAGUGUUUAUAUCUGUAUUAGAACUAAGGGAAAAAUAAAAAAUCAGAUACACAAAUUUAAGUACAGCUUAAGUGUAAAUAAUGUAAAUAAUACCCCAAUUUCCUUACUAUACCUCCCAAGGUGGAAAGCUACUAACAAUAUAUAGAAAGAGAAUUUCUUACCCCAAACGUGCUUGUAUACUUAAAGAGACAUUAAAUAUCUCAACUAGUGGAGUGAGAGGCCUGCACGGAGAAAUAACAAGUAUAUUUUGUAUACACCAGUAUAUGCAAGGAACAGCAAGUAUAGUCUACACAUAUUUGUUCCCUAUAUAUCUUGAUACAAGGAAGGAAAAGCAAGCACAUUUAACUUAAACCUGCACCAGGGAGAAAGAAAAGAGAAAACAAAAGUAGGGGGAAAGAAAAGAGAAAAUAAGAUAAAAAAGAAAAAAAAAGAUAUUUUGGAAGCUUCAAGUUCAUAAAUAUAUUCACUAAAUGGUGAAUUAAAGAGCAGGAGAGAAAGAAAAGAAAAAGAAAACAAGGGAAAGUCAGAGGUUUGUUUGUUUUUUCACUUCAUUUUUUGCCUAUACUCCCUGGAAGCUCCCUGAUUCCCCUUCCCAAUUAUGGCGACUAAAAAAAAAGUGACUGUAAGCAAGGAAAUAAAAAAGAGAAAGAAAAGAAAAUAGAAUAGAAAACAGAAAAGCAUUCUCCACUCACACUGUUAUGAACUGGUUUGGGACUCAACAUAAUGCAUCACACUGAUAGGUCAGAAUUACAACUUUCUAAAAUGUAGAGCAACCCCAUAUUAACAUGUACAGCAUUCAAGGAUUAUAUUAUUCUCUUCCCAAAUAUUUAAAGAUUAUCGGUAUCCAUGAAUGUAAAUUUCCUACAAUAGGAUACAUUUACAUGGUACCUAUGUUUCCCGGUCAUUAGAAGUUCUUAGACCAUUAUCUUUUAUGUAUCUCUGAGACCAUCUCUGUUUUAAUGCUGUCUGUAUUGGUGAUAUAGUGUUUUUGCACUUUAUCUCACUAUGUUUUGACUAUAGCUGUGUGGCAAUUAUGUAUACUUUAUGCAUGUACUUUGUAUUCUGUUUCUCUACCCUGCCCUGUAUGUGACGGCCUAGCUUUGUGAUUUUUUUUUUUAAUUCUUUAUUUUUUCUUGUGCAUAUGAAUAUACAUGACAUAUAAUCCUGCAGAGCCACAACAGCUUUAACAGGCGCAUUAAGAGUAUUGGUCAACGUGGCUUGCGGUAGACCGCACAAUUUUAUAUUUUAUAAAAUAGAACAGGCUAAAAAGGCUGCGUAUAGAAUAUGAUUAGUGACUAUUUAGUUACUUUGUAUGAAAACAGCGCGAUUAGUCUCGCGGAGGUGUACACCCUAUCACAUAUUCUGCACUGUUUAUGUUAGUAUACAUGCAUGUCUAGAGGACCUGCCCGAAUGUGAGACAGAUUAUACGAUUCAAGAGACAGAUGAAAAGAUGAAAAGAAAACCUCAGGCAGGCUCAUAGAUUAUCAUAAUAGAUUAUCAGUAAGCUUUUAGUUAAUUGUGAUGAACGAUUAGUUGUUACAGAAGAUUAUUUUAGCCCCGAGACUUCCCCAACUAUACAGCAAGCCGAGUAAGCAAAGGAACCCUGCCCCCCAUGCUGAUCUAGGGUUAAUGAGAGAAGGCAAGCAUUAAUUACAGGCAGCAGAUAUCAAUAGUCACAUGGAGAGGGCCCAAGGUAAAGGUUAAGACUCUGCAUGAUAUUAAGUAUUACAGCAGGGUGGUGGCAGAUGACCCAGGAAUCUCAGUUAGUAUCCUCCUCCAGCUGUAGGCUGCUUUGCCCAUGGAUUCCGCCUGCAAGGUGGAGAGUUCAUGUGAAUGGUUGCCCCCUUGUGGACGGGCUGUCGUCGGGUGCCAUGGCCCUGUUGUGAAGGCGUAUCAUGCUGGAGUCCUACUGUAGAGUGUCACCUCUUGCCGGGCCGGCCCGAAGGUAAGUUCUUUGAUGAGGGGCGGUGUGGGCUAUCUCUGAACUUCAUUCACCGGUUCACCAAUGUUUCCCUUUUGCUCGCCACCUGUGGGCCCAGACUAUUAGCGGUUCUGUUCUGGUGAGUAUCGGGUAGGCACAGCUCAGAGCCGUAUUUGAUCCAGCCUCUCCAGCCACGUUGUCGGGUUCCACCUCAGCUCUGUGAGGAGUUUGGCCAGCCGGGAGCGAGAGAGUAUACAUGCCUCUGGGUUUGGGCGUUCAGAGUUGAGUUUGCCGCCAUUUUACACACUGCUCCGGGUUCCAUCCAUAGUAGUGUGGUGACAGAUCCCUGCCGCAGGUUCACUGCUGCCGCAGAGGUCUCGGGGCAUGGACCGGGAUAAACCCCGCCAGCCCAUUGGAGGGAGACGGGGCCUACUCCACGAACUUGUGAGGAUCUGGCGUGACAUAGUCGGGCGGGAUAGCGGGGCGGCGGCCGUCCACCUCGCUCACCACCUAAGUAGGCCUCAUCUUAUGAGGACGACAUGAGUCUUUCUUAAGGUACUAAAACAAGGGAUGCAAGGCUCCCUGCUGGUCCAAUGCCCCUUCGUGUAUCGGACCGCGUUCUCUGGUCAUCAGGAGGGUACCAGGUCAGCUUUAACUUGCUUGAAUUUUGCCUGAUUGCAGGAGCUGUUGUUUCAUGUGGCUGGUCUGCAUGGUGGUCAGGCCCCACCCCCCCUUGUGAUUUGUUUUUAAUUAGGUGAUUCCAAGAGUCAUGUUAUGAAGGGUAUAAAGCUCUGUACCCUAUUAUCUCCAUAUACAUUGGUUCCGGCUAUCUGCUGUUUCGAGUAGUAUGUUUAGAAUCACAUAACAGACUUGUUGUCCGAUUUCCGUGGAGAUGACCUCUGAUGAUGUCAUGAUGCCGGAUGCAGCAUGAUGACGCAAUCGGGUCAAUUAUUAACCCGUGCAGGCUCCGGCUCUUGCGGUCUCAGAUGGAAUCCCUUCACUAAUUGUGGUGGUGGGUAUAUGAGAUAGUUUUUUACUCUAUUAGCUCAUCCUGAUGAAUUUUGGAUUACAAACUUAAACGUCGAUCUUUUUACUUUGAGCAAUGAAAGCUAAGUUUUACUUUAAUCAUUUUGAAGUCUCUGGAGUGCUAUCUGUACUACUUUGAAUCUGUGAAUGCUAAUAAGCACCGGGCACAAACACCAGUGAGUUGGAGUGCAAGACCAUUUUUUGUAUAUAUAUAUAUAUAUAUAUAUAUAUAUAUAUAUAUAUAUAUUUGUGAGAAGGGCUCAUGAUAGUACAGAAGAUACAAACACUGAUAAGUGUGGGAUGGUAUUAAAAGAGCAAGUCGGUUGUGGUGUGCCGGAACCGACGAUGAGGUAGGCCUGCAAAUAAAGAGGGCCCACCACGAAGAAAUGUAUGAGAAAAAGGAGUUAAUGAAUGAGGAGUGGGUGGGAGGGUGAUGCAGCGCUGACCUCGAACGGUAUGGAGCCAGGUAAGGGGUAUCCCUUAAGUAGGGAGAAGGUAAGUCAUACGCACCUCCCACAAUUACAGGCCAAAAGGCCUUAAUACUUGUGUGAAGGACUCAUGAUAGUACAGAAGAUACAAACACUGAUAAGUGUGGGAUGGUAUUAAAAGAGCAAGUCGGUUGUGGUGUGCCGGAACCGACGAUGAGGUAGGCCUGCAAAUAAAGAGGGCAAAAGUAGAAAAUAUACUUUUAUUACGAAACGAGCAAUAUACAUACUUCAACCAGACAUAUCUUGAAAGGCAUUUCUAACUUCUUGUACCGGGUUAGGUAUGUAUCUAGAGUAUGCAGAAGACUUCCAGCGCCCUAGUGACUUGAUAACAUGUACUGGAAUGUUUGCACUGGACGCUGUGGAGGCCGCCCCUAUGCGGAAGGAGUGGCCCGAAUAGUUAGCUGAUUUUAGGCCUAGUUGUGUAAGUAGGGACCUGACGUGGGUCAUAAGGUGGUGGUAGUGAGUACCGAACCUUGUAGACAGAAAAGUGGUUGAGAUGGUGAUGCUUUGAAAUGCUGAGUAUAUGUGUCCAGUAAUGUGACGGGGCACCACUCGUUGUGGGUAGGAUAGUAUCUAACCUCUACCGGGGGUGCGUGUUGGUUGGUUUUGGAGUGAUGCAGAGCUAAGAUAUAGUAAUCCAUGUGUUUUGUUAAGUGUGAAUGAAGCAGAAUGUGAGUGGACUGGGAUGUGUUGAUGGCGGUAAAUUCUCUUGGUCUCAAGAACCCAUAAAAAGCCACGUAUAUGGCGGUUUUUAUAACAAGGUUAGUGUUGUUUGCGAAGGGUUUUAAAUCUAGUAGGCUGGAUAAAUCCUUGAAAAUAUUGAAGUCUAUAGGUAGCCUUUGUGCGGUACGUGGGGGUUCGGAUCUCUGGAUACCCCUAAGGAUGUUUUUGAUCUGGUAGGAGGACAUGAAACUUGUGUUGUUUGGUUGUAAUGUUAGCAUGUGAUGUUGUAUGCCUGUCAGAUAUAGCUUGAUUGUGUUGUAAGAUAAUUUAAGUUUGAGGUGGCAAAAAGAAGCAAAACCUAACAAAGAUGUCAUGAUGAAAGGUUGUGUGAUGUUGUGCAGUGACAGGAAUCUUUUAAAUAGAAGGAAAGCCCUGUCAUAUGUUCUCCGGGUAUUGGCUAAUUGUGCCAAUGUCCUGCUAUGUUGCAUAAUAGCUUCUAGUCCAUAACUAGCUGGUGGAAAGGUGGAGUGGUCGUGGCUGUACGUGCGGCUGACGGAAGUAUUUGCCGAAAAGCCUGUAAAUUGAAACGAGACAAAUUGUCAGCAGCCGUGUUACAAACACCUGGGACAUGAACACAACACAAGAAGAAAUUAUGGCAUGCAGCCAGCCAGGUGAGUUUCCUCAAGAACCUCAUAAUGGUCAGUGACUUGGAUCGGCCUUUGUUUAUGAUGUGGCAGGUAGCUUGGUUGUCUGAGUGGCAACGUACUGACGAACCUGCCCAUAGAUGCCCCCAUGUCACGGCAGCUGCCACAAUGGGAUAUAUCUCAAAUAGAGCUGAGGUAGUGGAAAAACCUUCCAGGUCCUGUACCUCUGGAGGCCAGCUACCCCAAAGCCAUUCAUUCCCGUAAAUUGCUGCAAAACCUGUGGUAGACGCCGCGUCUGACCAGAUGGUAGGUGAGGAGUCAGACAAUUUAGGGAGAAACAUGCUUUUCCCAUUCCAGGUGGUCAAAAAGUUUCUCCAUAUAAGUAGGUCUGCCGUGGCUUGGGUAUCCAGUGGUAACCUGUGUGCAUCAUGUCUAAACAGUGGGAACAUGUAUAGGAGCCGUGAGAUGAAAGCCCGGCCUUGAGGUAUAAUGCGCAUGGCAAAGUUCAGUGACCCAAGUAGAGACUGCAAUUCUUUAAGAUUGCAAGUACCGAGGUGUAUGUAGAGGUUAAUGUUGGUAAGAAUGUUCUCUAUCUUGGUGCGUGGCAGGCUGGCUUGCAUGGUGGCUGAGUCUAGCAUGAUUCCCAGAAAGGUGAUGACUGUAUCUGGUCCUUCAGUUUUGGUGGUGGAGACUGGAACACCCACCUGUUUAAAAAGACUGAUGGUUUCUAUGAGGCUACUGGGAGGGGAAAUGUUCUCUUCGAUCAGUAAGAAAUCAUCCAGGUAGUGUAUAACUGUAGGGCAUCUGGCUACAUUUAAUAAUAACCAGCAUAAUGUUUCGGCGAAUACGUCGAAAAUGGCCGGACUACUUUUUGAACCAAACGUUAGGCGUGAGAAAAAGUAGUAGUGCCCGGCCCACUUAAUGCCAUGCAGGUGCCAUAGUGUAGGGUGGAUAGGCAAUAAUUUGAAGGCAUUUGUAAUGUCAGUCUUGCUGAGCCAUGCUCCGACCCCUGCCUGUAUGAUAGCUGUAAUGGCGUGAUCUAUGGUGGAGUAUUGAAGUGAAAAUUCCUCAGAGGGGAUAAGGGAGUUCAGACUAGGUGUGGCAGAUGUGUGAGGUGCAGACAGAUCGAUGAUAAGUCUUUGUUUGUUGGAAGAUUUCCCUGUGACAAUACCGAUGGGGUUUGUCCACCAUGUGGAAAAAGGAGGGGACUGAAAGGGUCCCAAUAGGAAGCCCUCUGCCACUUCUUUGGCUAUGAGUGUGCUAACCGCUGUAGGGUUUUGUUGUGCAGAUUGUAAAUUAGGACAUUCAAGGAUUCCUGAAGGCAUGUGUAUGAGACCAGUAUGGAAUCCUUGUGAUAGGCCAGUGAUGAUGAAGUCUACCAAAUGUCCAGACGGAUGUUGUGACAGUAAUGCCGUGAGUACAGAAAUAUUUAUCUCAGUUAAGUAUUGCUUAGGGUACAUUUUAUUUGGACACAUGGUUUUCGCAUGUGCCCUAAAACAUUUUGAACAUAUAUGCAAUAACCGACAACCACUGUAAUUACAUGCACCGACAUUGAAAUUAUUACAUAUUUGGGAUUUCCCCAAAAACUUGAUAGGUCGACCCAGUUUGUCUUUGGGUGUAUGAGCCAUGGAGGAGCAGUGUGCACAGGCCGGUGCUCUUAGACCUGCAAAGUGCCUGCAAAAAAUGAUCGUAUCAAUCUUACUCCAGUUGGACCUUGUCCCGUACUGUGAGAAGGCGCCAGACACUUUGGCAGAAAAGGAUCUAUGGUAGUCAUAGAAAGCUGACCCACCAUAUUUGUUGCCCAGAUCAACCAGCCUGUGCAUAUAUAAGUCAAACUCCUCACGUCUGUGGGGAUAUACCGUACAGAUCACAUCCCGAUAAAUGCCAAAAGCUAAUACAAAUUCUGGAAUGGUUAGCUUCCUAUUUAAUCGUGCAUCCCUAGAUUUGACCACCACAGAAAUAUCGUCAUAAGCGUAUGUCUUAUGUUCCACUAUAUCCUGGGAGGCAAUUAGUAGUGAGGCCAGAUUGACAUCUUUACCUUCCAGGAUAUCUUUCCUGAGGUGCUCAGGAAUCAUGUGGGCAGGGUAAACCUCUUGGUCAUCCGAGGUGAUGGCUGGAGAAACUGAUUGCGACUCCACCACUGAUGGGGGAAUUGCCGUGGCCGGUCCAGCCAUAGUGAGGGCUGUAGUGACCGAUUCAAGUUUCUCCAGCCUAGAAUUGACCUUGCUCAUGGAUGCCAUGAGGGACGUGAGCAUGUCAUGUAUGUUUCCUGGGUUGGACUGGCUCGACCCUUCCCCAGCGUCCAUGUUAUCGGUUGAGGUGUGUAGUAAUUUGUAAAGUUCCGCUUUCCUUGCUGUUGCUGGAAAAGGGAUUUGUCGUCUCCUGAGUUCGCUAGUGAUGCGAGGGAUAGUCCAUGAUCUGAAAGAUGCUGGACUAGCCGUAUCUUCCUCCUGUGAUGGGGUGUUUGCUCUAGCCGGAGUACUCGGGAUGGAGAAAUCCUCUACCCCUUCUUGAGACAUACUAGAUAACAAAAUAUAUGGUUAGCGUAAAAAACCCCAGGGGAUGUACUGGCAGGCUAAUUAUGCCGGAUGAUGAGGCGAAAAAUUUAAACUUGUUCUUUGGUGACAGGUGAGGCCCUGCUAGUUGCCAAGUGGCUAUGAGAGGCUCUAUCUAUGCGUUGGCGCGAGGGGUUAUUUGAGGCCACCCGACGUAGUGGCAGGAGUUCGUAGGCCUCUCGGUGACAAUACAAGAAAACAGGGGAAGGGAGUGACAGGUGGCACCCUCUCUAUAAUUUGCGAGGCGGCUAACUCACGUGUGGCCCGGGGGGCAUUACCUCCGAAACGUUGAGGCGGGGUGUUGGCCUCGCGGACCACUAAACGAUAGGCAGAAUGCCCGGAGGGGGGAUACCUAUUUGGGCCUAUAACCCCUAAAAUUUGCCAGUACUCUAUGUCCUAAGUAGAGAAGGAACCAUAUGUGAUGUAUGGCGUGAGCAGGCUUAACGUACCUGGUAGUAUGUAUGAGUUUGAUAAGCCACAGGUAAAGAGAAACUGGAAAAACCUAAAGGGAUAGAAAACCAGAUAUGAUAGUGUGAGAAUUGGAUCCUAUGAUACCAAUUUAGACUAGUUAGCUGUGAUGAGUUCUAUCAGUACAUAUGGAGGGGGAAUUUUUAUGAAUGGUAGUGGCCCGACUGGCCCUGUUAUGUGGUAUGGUCCUGGUAACCAGGCUUAGGGGUGUGUAUAAUAUGUCUCUAUGGUGACAAGAUUAAUGCGUAUGAUUUAGUAAUGCUAGUGUUUGUAGUAUAAUAUGGUGCAGGAUUUAAAACAAUACAGUCUAUUUUAAGCCGUAAACAUAAGCCAUGAAAAGAGGUAAGUACGAGGUACAGAAAUACUUGAGAAAUUAUCCCAAAAACAGGAAAAAACCCGAAAGUUUGUGAGAUUUUUGAGACCGUGUUCUUGUGUACUUGGUAUGUCGUUUGAGUACACAAAGAAAAAGUCAGAAUAUAUAAGUGCCAUGUAAGAAACGUGAGUACAUGGUAUGAUAGAAACGUAAUUCUAAAAACAUAAUUUAUAACCUAAAUCCUACAUGAGAUAUCUAUAAAUAAUGUAAAAGCUUGUUUAAGCAUAACUCCAUAAAUAUAUGUAUAUAACAUGAAGAAUUUCAAUAUAACUAAAAAUGCAAUAUCUGCUAAUAGAUUGAAACAUAACCUAAAUAAAUACUUAUUUAUAAGUAGUUAACAGGGAGAUUUGCUCCAGUCAUAUGCAAGGAUUCCGUAAUUUGCAUAAAUAAAUACCAGUAAUAACAUGAAAAACAACUAUAGAUACUGAUAUUGCAGAAAACAAGAAGUUGCUUAAUACAAGAAAACCGAACCGUCAGUCAGCACACACGUAUACCGCGAUCAUGCCGGCAGCAAAGGGGUUAAUAUGCCUGUGACUUGGCCGUAAAGCGUGUGGCCGUAAAGUAAGGCCGUUUUAAAAUCGCGACGCCGUGGGAAAUGAUCCGGGCGACGGACUUACGAUUUUGCAGUCCUGUGGACUUAAUCUGCGACGAAACACCGGGUAUGUGCGUGGCUGGACGGGCGGAAGACCUGUAAGGACUCCUGGACACAGCUACACCAAACGAAACCGCGGGUUUUUUGAAAAGCAAGAUGGCGCCGUACGUGAACCGGAAGUGGAUUCUCGUGCAGCGCUGACCUCGAACGGUAUGGAGCCAGGUAAGGGGUAUCCCUUAAGUAGGGAGAAGGUGAGUCAUACGCCCCUCCCACAAUUACAGGCCAAAAGGCCUUAAUACAUAUAUAUAUAUAUAUAUUUGGUAUGUAUAUAUUUUGCCAGGGAAUCUACCCAAAAACUCCCUUUCCCAAUAUAGUAUCCCCACAAAACAAAUAUCAGUGGACUCAUUUCCCACUGCAUUGGACACUAAACUCACCCCCUGAGCUAUCAUCUGUCUAAAAAGCACCCGGAUUGGAGGUACCCAGCCCAAGAGACAAUUCUUUAGAAUUCCACCGGGUUGUGGCUAUCCUUGAAUUUCCAGUCUUGUUUUGAGGGGUUCCCAGAGUUCUUAGCAAGGUAGUACUCAAAAAUCAUGGGUAUCUCCGGAUGCCUUCUCCCCAAAGACCGCUAUGAUUUGAGUUCGGGGUAUCAAGUGACACCCAAUCAAAUAUUUACCAGAUCAUGGAAGAGUACUGAUCCAGUGAAUAGUUCCACAGUGAUUAAAGGUAUCUCCCGGUCAGGUGCUCAGUAUGAGAAUGGGUUUAGGUGAUCCACAGAAUUCCUCUUGCUCCAGCUGGAGGGUAGAAUAAGAACCUAGGUCCUCCUUUAUGCUUCUUCCCCACCACAAUUAUGCUUGCCAGCCCUCUGGCUGGUUUAAAAAGUGUGGGAAGAAAAACAACAGGUGAUGACAGCCAAGCGAAAAUUCAUGUGCUAUUGGUCUGUAUAUUAUAGCACUAAUAUUUACAAGGCUGGUAUGUCAUUUAAAAAGAGAAUAAAAUAAAUGAGACAUAAAUCUCAUUGAUGAAAGGUUAAUUUAUUUAGAAGGAAAGCAUGGCUAUCUACAUUGUUAUUGUUGUCUUCUCCUACAUAUGAUAGAGUACUAAAUAGAGUUCAAUGAAAGAUCCAGCAAGAACGCAGGAUACUUAAUAAAACUUGUUGUGCAUCUUACACAUCACACGUGAAGGUGUGUUUAGGUGGUUGUUGGUUAUGGAUGCAAGGAAAAGACAAGAAAAGACAAAAGUUUCCUUUGAAACCCUUUGUCAACUUGAAUCAACGUCAGCAACUAUCCAUAAGACAAAGCAAUCCCUACUUUGUCUCAUUAUAUAUUUUAACUGAGUUUAAAUUUUAAUGAAAUUCCAGGUCAGUCAGUAUGAGUGUAUAACACAGAUUAUGUAACCUAUUAUUAUAAUAUAUAAACACAACUGAUUCUUCUUUUCUAGGGUGAAAUUUGUUGUCUUGAAUAAUACAGGCUUGGUUGUAGAGUCACGCUGGUCCGAUUUGAUAAGUCUGCAAACUGGUAAAAAUUGUCAUAAAAUUUUAUGAAUAUACUAAUGAUUGCAAUGGUUAUGGUUUAAAAAUUAAAUUAAUAUGAGUAUCAGUUUUGCUGUAAUAACGUAUGUCAAAUGAUGGGCAAUUAAACAGUAUAUAAAACCAGAUAAGCAUUUCCUGCACAGUGAGGUGCUAUGAAUCUACAGUCUCGCCAAACCAGCAGCAGCGUCCCAAAAUAAAGAAAGGUCUUCUCUUGGUGCAUCCCAGAAUAGGAAUUGACAAAGACGAGCCGUGUUCUAAGAUGAACCAAUAAAAGACGCUCUACACUUUGCAGUAGUGGUUAUUUUUGUUUAUCUUUAUUUUGGGAAAAUUAAAUUGCAUGCAUGUAUUAAAUUGAGUUGUGAGACUUGCUUGCAAUAUAUUUUACCAUGGAUUGAAGCACAGCAUUUUAAAGAAUAUAGACACGAAGAGUAUUUCUCUGAAAAAGCAGUGUUUACAUUGAAAAGCCCAAACUACUAUAUUAAGUUGUAGAUUUCUGGUGACUACUGUCUCUUUAAUAAUAUGUAUUCCUAACGCUAUAGUGCUUCAGUCACUGUUUAGGUGGCCUGGCUGACUUGGCUGCCAAGAUUACUGACGUCCACUAGAAUCAAGUUAACCCUGCAUUAUAAAUAUUGGCAUUCCAGUAAAACGGAAAAUUUCAUCUGCAGAGUUAAAAGGGGGGCCACAUGAGAUGAAGUAGUAUGGGCAUUGAGAUGAAAUGGUCUUUAGCCUCUUGUUUAUUGUCCAAGGCAGCUAGAAAAUGAGGAAUGCAAAUGAUGAUUAAUGGGAUUCAGAUAGACUAAGCAAUUCCUAGUCUAACAUAAUUUUCUAUGUUUCUUAUAUACCCUUUUGUGACGGAACACCAUGUCUCUGGAUUAUAAUUACUUUGUUUCACUCUCCUAUGUGUUUGGGACAUUGCAUUCCCCUUCGUUUUACUAUUAUUUCGUUCACCAACCGAACAAACUACAAAACAGCUCAAGGUAUGCGGAGUGUGCCACUCAUUAACCUCUAUCACCUCAUUAACACCCCUAAACCGCAAAAACGUUCUAAGCGGUCGGCUGGGUGGUCGCUGUUUGGUAUACGAACAUGUGGCAGUGGCUAUCUUUAGCUGCGAACAUACAGAACAGUGUUUGGUCAUCAAGUGCAUGGAACGCAAAUCGGACACUCGGCGGAACGAACACCACUAGAACCACUCGAAAACGGAUGGGAAUUGAAAAACUUUGGUGGGAGCAAGCUCCCGAAUGAGGGACAUAGACUGAGCAUACCCACGAACCGCUACAUUCUGUAUUUUUGACUAUAUUGUGUAUUCCUGAAAGAGACCAACCACAGCCUGAUUUUUAUGGAACUCUUUUGGGCAGGAGUCUCAUGUCAGUCAAAUUAUGACCUCCAUGGAAAUCCCGAACCCCUGAACUGAUCUGGGUGAUUUUUGGAUAUGUUGGUCACCCAGAUCGGGGCUAUAAAGGGGAUAUGACUCUUGUGGGGUUUCCAUGGGUUUUGGGGUUACUUUUGGGAUACUGCUAAAAUGUGUGUUUUCUGUGCCUGAAAAUAAUUGAGUUUACUACAGUUACUGGCUCAAUUAUCUCUCAGGCACAGGGGAAGGGUAAACCUAUUUCGGAUGGGAGUGUCCUGGACCUGAGAGCCAAUGUCCUCAUGUGUAUGUUUUAUUGUAGUCUACUCUCAGGUCCAGUGGGGAAUGCCCCUGGAAUAUGUUAUAGAAAACCCCUUGCAUGGGGACCUGCAUAUAAGGCCAGCUGUGGCUGCCAUUAAAUCAGUUGUCCCACAGCAUAGAGCCUCAGCUCAUGUUUGUGGGGGACAGCUAUAACAGCUGUCUCGCUACUGCUUGGAGUGCUAUAACACUAGCUCUUGUAAGAGCUGUUCCUGCUCUGCAUCACAGCAACCCUCCCACUAGGGGGAAAAGAACUUCUCUGGCGGCGAAACCCCUAUUCCCAUCGGGGUGGCCGCCACACCUUUAAACACGAUUACAUAAGUAUCAUGCUGCAGUUCACUGUGUAACAGUAAAGUUUAAUUAUACUGGCGCUGUUCGACCUAGUAGGAACUUUACAUUGAUUUCACUAGACCUAGCAUUUAUACUAAAACAGUCUUUUUGAUGUAAUUGAGCCUACCACACCAAGAUAGAAAAUAACUAAUGGCACACUAUUUUGUUUUCUUAAUUUGUAAUCCUUUUUUUGGUACCUUCUGGCUUAGUUGCACUGGUAACUAAAUAGCAUUUUGGCAUAAUAUGCUACAACCUGCAAAAAACUAUCUCCAUUGGGCACUAGUAAAUCAUCUUGUUGAAGUCAGAUUACUCUCAUUAUUAUCUUGUCAUAACAUUCAACUUUAAAAAUGUAUGUAGGUGCUUCCUUAUUUAUUACUCAACUACAAGAAUGUCUAAAUAUUAGACGUGCAAAUCCAGCUAGUUUGUGUGCGUGAUACUUUAGGCCUGGUAGCAACCAUAACACUUGCUGCUUGAACUUGAUGGUUUAAAUAUUUGUUUCUCUAUUUCAGGACAAAAUCGAUCAUUGAUUGAUACAUCAAUUAAAAAUCACAGUGCGGGAAUGAAGGUCAUUACUAUCAUGCUUUCAAUCCUUUUAGCAAUUUUAACAGCCUGUCUUAUCGCUGCACUCGUGAUUGGAAGGUAAAGAAUAAAAACUGAAUUUUUUUUGUAUUUUUGUGAUUGUUUAUAUUGCAUACUUGUAUAUAAGCCAUGCUUGAUAUUAGAUUGUUUAUAUUUAGUGAUGUCCCGAACUGUUUGCCGAACGGUUCGCGAACUGUUCGCCAUGGACUCGUCAUUGAGUAAACUUUGACCCUGCACCUCACAGUCAGCAGACACAUUCCAGCCAAUCAGCAGCAGACCCUCCCUCAAUUGCCAAAGCCCAAUACUGGUCACAAGGUGUAGGUGGCAUGCAAGGAGAUUCUGGGGUUUUUUGAGACCCUGGCAGUCUCUCUUUCCUAGGGCAGCCUUAGACUCACAACUGCUGAUCACGUUCACUCAGACAUAUGGAUUUAAAUGGUGUUUAAAGGGCUCUAUGCAUACCAUUGGUGAGUCUGAGGCUAUUAAAUAUCUAAAUGUAGUAAAAUCUAAAUGUCAUUAAAGCCCAUAAUGUGGAGGGGAGCAACAAGUGUUCUCAUGUCCCUAAGCGAUUAAAGGAAAAUUUGGAGAUUAAAAAAUAAAUCAAUUUAUUUUGAACAUUUCUUUGUUCCUUUACGCAUUUAGAUUAUGACCUCCUUUUAAAAUUUAGAAAAUGUAAAAAAAAAAUUAAAUUUUUUUAACUAUUGACAGCCACUCCUCCUCUUUUGAUAUGAGUCCAAUCAGUUGCUUCUUAUAGCGAAGUAUGGAGAUCUACUACACAUGGGCAGUAAUUUUCCUUCCUGCACCAGUCAUUUGCUUCUAACAGACUGUUAAACAGAUGAAGGAAAGGCAAAAUUAAUACACUUAAUAUUGGCAUUGGCACAAAAAAUACUGGUACUCCCCAAUAGUUCAAAUUGAAUAACAUGUAAACCACAAAAAGAGUGUACAGGUGUUCAAAGGUAAAUGGAAAUGGUGUGCAUAACAGUGAAUGAUAGAAAAACACACUGUGAUCUCAUGACAAGCAUUAAAGGGACACUCCAUUGCCUAAAUAAAAUUACAAAAAAAAACACAAUUUUGUAUAUAUACCCCACAAUGAAGACAUGCAUGCAUUUAACUAUGCAUUUUUGCUGGUAUAUGUAAAAGCAGCUUGCAAAAGCCGCCUGUAUUUUUUUCUGAAGCCUUGGCAAGCCCUCCCCAACUACUUCCCAAACUUUUUUGUGGUUGUCCAAUCACAGACAUUUCAAUGCAGCUCAAUGAAAAGUCUUUGCAAGACAGGCGCUCUGAACAAUUGUCUGCCUCUUGAGUUUAGCUCCACUGAAACAAACAACCAGGAAGUAACAGCAAGCUGAAGUGCUUUCGGGCUCUGGUGUGUCCCUUUAACAGCAUUUGACAUAAUUAUGCUGGGUAUAAUGAUGCUGAACAUAAAGCAGUGGUGGGUCUAGGGGAAAGCACCGGAGCAAUUGUUCCACCCAAGAAGCUAUGGGUAUUUAUAUCUGGCUGGCAAGAAGGACUGAAUGAGUGAUCACAUCUACUCGGUCCCCAACUCUCUGAAAUUAUAUUGUAUCUAUGGAUCUAUGUAUCUAUCUCCAGUGGCAAAACUGAUAUAGAGAGGGCCCUGGUAAUAGAAAGUUUCUUGGGCCCCGCUCUAGUGCAAGAAUGGUGAGAAGAUAGAUCCCCAGCUGUUGAAAAACCUCCCACAAUGCAAUGCCAGCUGGGGAUCUACCAUUUGCCCAUAUUUUCAGGGUUGUAUUAGUGUGCAGUAUUUGUGUGUUUGAAUAUAAGCAUGUUUUUGUGUAGCGAAUGUGUGGGGUGUAUUUGUAUGUACUAUUGCCAUUGGAAUGCAGUGGUGUACUUAUGUGUAGUGUUGGUUUUUAAAUGCAAGUGUGCUUUUGUGUGCAGUGUUGGUGUUUGAAUGAUGGGGUGUUAGUAUAUAAUUUUAGUGUUUUGAUACAGGGGUGUGUUUGUAUGUAAUGUUUGUUUUGAGUAAUGUUGGCGUCUAAAUCCAGGUGUGCUUUUGUGUGUAAUGUUGGUGCUUGUAUAUAAUUUUAGUGUUUUAAUAUAGGAGUGUGCUUGAAUGUAGUGUUGGCUUUUAAAUGCGGAUGUACAAUUGUGUAUAGUAUUGGUGCUUGAAUGAAGGUGUGUGUUUGUAUAUAAUUUUGGAGUAUGAAUGCUAGGAUGUGUUUGUAUGUAAUGUUUGAUUGCAUGGGUGUGUUUGUAUGUUAUAUUGGUGUAUGAUUGCUGGAAUGUAUGCACGUACACUGCCAGAUACAUACAUACUUAUACAGCUAUACAAACACAUUAAAAUUCAGAUACACAUGUAAACACUUUGACACAUGCUUACACUUUGGCACAUGCACAUACUUUGACACACAGAUACAAACACUGGCACAAACACACACCUUGACGCUCAAGAUAUACACACUGUUGUCAUAGUCAAGGCAGGAGAGGACCCGGGGAGCUCUUGCCAGCAGCUCCGCCGGGUUCCUCUCGAGAGGUCGGAGCGUUGCCACGGUUACCGAGGCAAUGCUCAGAUCUCGCGAGAGUGAGCGCUAGCCCCCUGUGGGGCUAGAGUUCACUCUCCACUGGACCACCAGGGAUGGCAGCACGUUGCCCCCUCCCUACAUAGGGUAAGAAGGCACGGGAGAUAUUAACUAAACGGCCCCCCCACCCCGCACAUUACACACAGACAGCACACACAUACAUCACCCUUACACACACUGCACCCACACACACACACACACACACACUAACAGCACCCUCACACUAACAGCACCCUUACACACACAGCACCCUUACACAUACACACACACACAGCACACACUAACAGCACCAUUACACACACAGCACCAUCACACACACACACUAACAGCACCCUUACACACACACACACACACUAACAUCACCCACACACAUAAGCACCCUUACACACACAUACAUCACCCUUACAUACACAGCGCCCUUACACACACAGCGCCCUCACACACACAGCAGUAUAUGUGUGUGUGUGUGUGUGUGUAUGUAUAUAUAAAUAUAUAUAUAUAUAUAUAUAUAUAUACAAUUUGUUGGUGUUUUGCACUCCUUCUUUCCUCUUGGUUAAAUGCCCGGUGCUCAGCUGCACAAAAAUACAAUCUGCCAAAUGAAGCCAGCACUCAAGGACUUGUAAAAAACGAAAAGGGUUUUAAUCCAUAGAACUUGUCAAUGUUUCAGUUUACAUCAGCAAACUUUCAUCAGGACAUCAAUUGAGUGCUGGCUUCAUUUGGCAGAUUAUAUAUAUAUAUAUAUAUAUAUAUAUAUAUAUACCGUAUUUUUCGCUCCAUAAGACGCACUUUUUUUCCCCUCAAAAGUGAGGGGAAAUGUCUGUGCGUCUUAUGGAGCGAAUGUGAAGAAUUACUUACCUGUCUUGGAGCGUGGGCCGGCUUCACAGCGCGCUCCGCGGUCCAGGAACUUCUAUUUCAGGUUCCGGUUUCCGGCGGGACUGAAAAGAAGUGCACACACAGUGUGCACACUUCCUUUCAGUCCCGCCGGAAACCGGAACCUGAAAUAGAAGUUCCUGGACCGCGGAGCGCGCUGUGAAGCCGGCCCACGCUCCAAGACAGGUAAGUAAUUAUGGGACAAGGGGAGGGGGAGACACUAUGGGACAAGGGGAGGGGGACACUAUGGGAGAAAGGGAGGGGAGACACUAUGGGAGAAGGGGAGGGGGGACACUAUGGGAGAAAGGGAGGGGAGACACUAUGGGACAAGGGGAGGGGGGGACACUAUGGGACAAGGGGAGGGGGGACACUAUGGGACAAGGGGAGGGGGAGACACUAUGGGACAAGGGGAGGGGGAGACACUAUGGGACAAGGGCAGGGGGGGACACUAUGGGAGGGAAAGUGCACUAUGGGACAAUGGGAGGGGGGGACACUAUGGGAUCAGAACACUAAUGGACAAGGGGAGGAGGGGUUAAAGAACACUAUGGGACAGGGUAGGAGGGGUUAACAAUCACUAUGGGACAGGGUAGGAGGGGUUAACAAUCACUAUGGGACAGAGGAAAGGGGGGUUAAAGAUCAUUAUGGGACAGGGGAGAAAAAAAAAUAUUCUGAACAAACUGUCCCAUGGUAAGAAACACUAUGGAACAGUUUGUGCAGAAUAUUUUUUUUUCUGGGUUUCCUCCUCUAAAAACUAGGUGCGUCUUAUGGUGAGGUGCGUCUUAUGGAGCGAAAAAUACGGUAUAUAUAUAUAUAUAUAUAUAUAUAUAUAUAUAUAUAUAAUAAAGUGGAUAGCUUGGCACUCUCCUUACUAGUAUUCAAAAUAUGUAUACCUGCCCGGGUGCAAUCCACAGUGCGUCCAAUAUAUAUACGCGGCUUGUGUGUUUGUGCUUUAGGGUGCACACCCUUAUACAAUAGUCAUCUUGAGGAAGUGUCUCUAGUGCAGUCACAAGCAUGUUCUCUGGCAAGUGUAUACAUUGUUCUUUCUCUGAAAUGGCAAUGUUUUCCAUUUCAAAACAAAAAGGGCAGGGCUUAUAUACCAAUAUUGCUUAAUUUUGGCAUUUUUUUAGGCUCACUGGGUGAUGGUUGCAGAGUUCUCUCCAUAAUAAAUAUACAUUUAUCAGAGUUACUGUUUUGUUUUAAUAAGUAGUAAACCUGAUAGAUAACCUGUUUCACAUAUCACAGGGGGCAUACCAGUAGUCUUUAUUUGUUCUUACCUUUGGCUUUUUAUAAUUAGUAAUGGUACCAACUAGUUCUCAUUGCGCAGUUCUCUCUAAAUCUUCAGACAUUUACACAAGUGGUUUCUAUAGGCAGGAAAAAGAACUUUGGGUAAUGUCUGUGGAACAAGUGUAACCUUUUCUUUUUAUAUUUAUAUUGGUCAUUCCCUCUGGCAAUUUACCAAAAAGAUACAACAGUGCACACGUUUUUAAAAACACAAAAUCUUUAAUUAUGAAGAAAGUUGGACCUUGCACAUAUUGGUGGGGUUAUGGCAGAUUUAUUGGAAAAACAUACAACUGAAGCCUUUAUCAAGUUCCUGUGGGAGAAGAAGCAUAGUAUGGUUUCUAAUAAAUCUGCCUUAAAGUUAACACCAACUGUAUGUGCUCUGUCCAAAUUUCUUUAUGAUUAUUGAUAUGUUAGGAAUGGUCCACACUGAUCUGCAGGCACUAUGGAUGGAAAUUAUUUAGCAAGUGUCACUCCACUCUAUGAAUAGAAUAUAGAAUCUUUAUGUAGAGCAGUCUAUCUAUGAUUUGCCUGUAAAGGUAAAUCCAAAGAUGUUUUAGAACUGCAACACGCUUGACACUUUGUCAUUCUAAAUGCUUGCAAAGCAUCAUGGGAUUGAAGUUCUAAAACAUCUGUGAACCAGCCUUUUGGGCAAAAAAAUUGACACAGAAUAUACACACAAAAUGCAUCAUAUUUAACACAUGAAGUCAUUUUAGCCAAUUUGUUUUAGCUUUCUAUGUAUACUGUUUAUUAAAGAUUAUGUCUGUCUAUUUAGCUAUCUAUUUUCUUAUUUGAGCAGGCCCUAAUUACCUCUUGUUCUUGUAAGUCAGACUUGUGUGUUGAUUUUAACUUAUAUCUGUACGUCUUGAGAACCCAUUUACAAGGCUGUGCAAAAUUAUGGUGCAUUAUAAAUAAUAAAUUGUUAUAUAUAAAUGAUAAUUAAUCUAUUGUAUAUGUUUUAUAUGUAAAGUAUUUUUAGGUCAUAUCUCCAUUCAACAUAUUUACGUCUUUCUCGUCUGUCUUUUACUUUCUUUGCAGUAAGGACGUAUGUUGGUACAGAAAACUUGACAACCUACCACUCGUUUACAUGGAGAUGGUUCGGAAUUACUACAACAUGCAUGCAGUGUAUGUUAUACACACUCGGUACAAGCUAAUGGAAGAUGCUCCAUACGCCUACCAGGAACAUUAUAAAUAAUAAUACAGAAUGUGUUUCUUUCCUUCAUUCUGCAAACAAAGGGUAAAUCUCUCUUUGAGACUUUAAGUGUUUAAAACAAUUAGACAACUGCUUUCUGAAAUGUAUCUAUUUAGCUACUUCCAGAUAUAAAACUGGCAAACUGAAAUAAAGGAAACUGUGGGACCUAAAAGGGAUGGAGUGAGUUAGGUUUAGCUAUUAUACCUGCCUGAUCAAGUUCUAAUUAUUGUGUUUUAGCACAAAUUAGACAGGUCACAGGGCAAAUCAAAUAUAUGGGGCAAAGGGUUUUAAGUUGGUAUGUGUGUAUACUGAACCUUGGAAUAGGUGGUGAGGCUUGAAAGAUAUAGGUGGCCACAAGCAGAGAAGGGAGGGACAGUAAUGGGCUGGUGGUGUGGUUGGUGUGCUGAAGGGACUCCUCUAGAUUAGCUUGAAGCAGACUUGGCUGUGGGUGGUCCAGUUUUAGCAUGAACCGCUAGAAACCCCUUUCCCCUUUUUUUAGUGGGGAUCUUGACAUCCCCAAAAUUGUAACAUGUGAUUAUGCCUUUGAUUAACUAAAGUCUACCCAUUUACUGAAGUCGGGGAAGUGGGUAUUUAUCCUUCCGAUACCAUUGCCUGUCUAAAUUAUAAUUAUCAAAGGGUGAUGAAAAGAGAUUGACUGGUUAAUUGGGGAAGCUUAAACCUUUAAGUAUCAUGAAAGAGGUUUGAACAAAUUUUGUCCCUGGCAUGUAUCUUGAAAAAUGUGUAAUUCGGUAUUCAGGGAAAAAAUAUUUCUAGUUUUUCUUUAUUAUCCUUUAUACUAGAAAUUGUAGGUUGUGUUUUAAAGGUGUUUUCUUAAAAUACCUACUAACAGCAUAUAAAUAUUUAUAAAAUGAUCUGCUUUUGUCACUCUCUUAUAUAAUAUUUGAAAGCCGCAUGUUAAUAAAAAGUCUACAAAUUGUUUUAUGGUAGCCUUUGUUCAGUUUUUUUUGCGCUUGAUAUAAAUUCUCUGUUCUCCUUUCUUCUGACAAGGGAAAAUAAGAAAAC